GUGAGCGAGCGCGUGGCCAAAUAAAGCCAUGGGGGCCCGUGUGUGUGCGGCCCUCCCGUCUCUAUAAAUACGCAGCGCGUCGGCAGGAUCGGGUUUGGUGGCUGGGGCUCCUCAGCUGCGCGCACACACACACACACACACACUCUCCGGCUCUCCGCCGCUCUUCGCCGACACACACUCGCACACACAGACGCCGCCAUGCCUCGAGUGGACGCAGACCUCAAGCUGGACUUCAAGGACGUCCUGUUCAGACCAAAGAGAAGCAGCCUGAAGAGCCGCUCUGAGGUGGACCUGCAGAGAACCUUCACAUUCCGUAACUCCAAGCAGACGUAUAAUGGCAUCCCCAUCAUCGCCGCCAACAUGGACACCACCGGAACCUUCGAGAUGGCCCGGGUCCUGAGCAAACACACUCUCUUCACGGCCAUGCAGAAGCACUACUCCCUGGAGGAGUGGAAGAAGUUUGCUGCUGAUCACCCAGAAUGCUUAGAGCAUAUAGCGGCUAGCUCGGGCAGUGGUAAAGCGGACCUGGAGCGGCUGAGCGCCAUCCUGGAGGCGAUCCCUCAGGUGCGCUACAUCUGCCUGGACGUGGCUAACGGCUACUCCGAGCACUUCGUGGAGUUCGUCAAGACCGUCCGAGAGAAGUUCCCCACACACACCAUCAUGGCUGGGAAUGUGGUGACAGGAGAGAUGGUGGAGGAACUUAUCCUGACCGGCGCUGACAUCAUCAAAGUGGGCAUUGGACCAGGGUCGGUGUGCACGACGCGGAUCAAGACUGGCGUGGGCUACCCACAGCUGAGCGCCGUCAUCGAGUGUGCUGACUCCGCCCAUGGCCUCAAGGGACACAUCAUCUCCGAUGGUGGCUGUAGCUGUCCUGGUGACGUGGCCAAGGCGUUUGGAGCGGGAGCUGACUUCGUGAUGAUGGGCGGCAUGCUGGCGGGUCAUGACCAGUGUGCGGGUGAGGUCAUCGAGAAGGACGGCAAGAAGUUCAAGAUGUUCUACGGCAUGAGCUCCGACACCGCCAUGAAGAAAUACGUCGGGGGAGUGGCCGAAUACAGGGCAUCGGAGGGGCGGACGGUGCAGGUUCCGUAUAAGGGCGACGUGGAGAACACCAUCCUGGACGUUCUGGGCGGCCUGCGUUCCACCUGCACGUACGUCGGCGCCGCCAAGCUCAAGGAGCUCAGCCGCAGAACCACCUUCAUCAGGGUCACCCAGCAGUCCAGCCACAUGUUCACCUAGUGUGAACACACACACACACACACACACACACACACACACACACACACACACACACACACACACCUUCAUCAGGGUCACCCAGCAGUCCAGCCACAUGUUCACCUAGUGUGAACACACACACACACACACACACACACA